AUGAGCUACGAAGGAGCUGCGUUGCACCCAAGCGAGCGCUUCGUUCCUCGCUCUAGAGGCCGCGCUGCCUCACGCUCACCGUCUAGAGCGUCGCAGCAUACGCGCUCACCGUCUCGUUCUGGCUCGCCGCGGUCUCCGGCGCGCUCGAGGUCGCGCUCGAGGUCGUUCUCGCCCCCGAGUUCCCGCACGUUCGCCAGGUGGGGACGAGGCGGACGCGGUGCAGGAGCUGGACACUACGCUUUUGGACGUGGGAGAGGACGCGCGAGCAGCGGCUUUUUUCGAAAACCGGCAGCGCGAACGCGAGCGAGAGGCGUGGCUGAGAGGACGAGGACAAGGAGGGAGAUGGUACGCCACUUUCCAACGGGGCAAUCGCUUCUUUCCAAAGGAAGUACGGUACAAAACGGCGAUAUCAGUGCCACGUGGUCGGUCAACGAGCUGGGACAGGGACAGUGA